AUGCUGCAAAUGGAAAUGGUCAUCUUCUUCUUCCUGGUGCUGUUGAUGUGUGUAUUUAGCCAGGAGCCCAGUUCCAAAGUGGUGGCCGACCGCUACGCCGUCUUCUGGAACCGGACCAACGCCAAAUUCCAUCGUGGAGACUACCACAUCGACGUGUGCAUAAAUGACUACCUGGAUGUCUACUGUCCCCACUAUGAAGACACGGUGCCUGAGGAGCGGACUGAGCGAUAUGUCCUCUACAUGGUUAACUACGAUGGCUACAGCACGUGCGACCACACCGCCAAGGGCUUCAAACGCUGGGAGUGCAACAGGCCGCACUCCCCGAACGGACCGCUCAAGUUUUCGGAGAAGUUCCAGCUCUUCACUCCCUUCUCCUUGGGCUUUGAGUUCAGACCAGGCAGAGAAUACUACUACAUAUCCUCCACCAUUGCUGAGAACGGGAGGAAAACAUGCCUGAAGCUCAAAGUUUUCGUCCGACCAUCAAACAGCUGUGUGAAAACUAUAGGCGUACAUGACCACGUUUUUGAUGUAAACGACAAAGUAGACAAUACAUUAGAACCACAAGACGAUACCAGCCAUGUACCGGCUGAGCCUUCCCGAAGUGACGAAACGAAUGCUGCGCCGCACCUGCAGAAAACAAGUCAACUCCUGGCUUUGUUGCUGGUCUGCCUAUCAGCACUCUUCACUUUAUAGCGCCCCCCCACCCCCUCUGUUCCGGAGGGCAUUUACACCUAGCGUGGCCUGAAUCUGCCCGAGGCUGCAGGGAAGGGGCGGGAUUUGGGUUGAGCGUGUUUGCUUGAUUGGGCAUCAGAGCAGGCUUCUCAAGGAACCCUCUAUUUUUUUCAGAAAUAUAUUUAAGUGGUCUUUCUCUGUCUGUGAGUGGACAAAAGUUGAUGUUGGAAGUGGGAGAGACAGUUCCCCCUCUUAAACUUUCAACUAAGAUGCCAAAUCCCGUUUUUUGACACUUAGUGAUUCUUAUUUUCCGGUGACUUUUGACAUCCCUUUACAUCAUGUUUAUGUCAUUGCAGCACUGAUGUUUACCCACACACACAUACACAUACACAGCACAUACACAUGCGUAGAGAGUCAAAUAGAAAACACUCCACUAGCAGUAGGGUUUUUACAGUUGUAUACAGUAGCAGCAGUACACAGUAGAAAAGUGAAGAUUCUAGAUCUUAGAAAAAAAUGUACAUACACAAAUAAAUAGUUGUCCCGAGACCUCUCAAUAAGCCUUUUGUAAUAUUUUGAUCAAGUUUUAGGGGGGGGGGGGGCGGGGAGC